UGGUUUGUUUUUGUUUAUAUUUUGAUAACCGCAUUUUGCAGUCAGUCACAUAAAACCAUAAGUAAACAAGAAAAAACAUAUUGUACAGCACCACGAACAUUCUCAUGGUGAAAAACCCCUGAAAAUCUCUAAAUUAUGGAGGGGACCAGUAAAGAAACAGACGUGCAUUUACGAACAAUGCUAAGUUCCCCAUUAAAAUAUGCCCCAGCUGUUCCUGUGCCUGAUUGGAACCCUCCAGCAUCUGUACCUCCAGUGCCGCAAGUUAACUCAAAGUUAAGUCCAUCUUUAAUGACAGUAACUAUACCAGGGGCAAUUGCUGGGGAACCACACACUAAUAUUAUGCUACAAAACUGUGUAGCUACAGUUGACUUACAUACCAUCCUUGACCUCACAAAAAUUAAUGCUAGAACGCGAAAUUCAGAGUAUAAUCCGAUGAGAUUUCACGGUGUUAUAAUGAGAAUAAGGGAGCCACGCAGUACAGCUCUGAUCUUCAGGUCAGGAAAAAUUGUCUGCACAGGAGCCAGGAAUGAACAUGAUGCACUACUUGCCUCAAAAAAGUUUGCUAGGAUUAUACAAAAAUUGGGAUUUAAUAUAAAGUUUGCCAACUUUAAGAUCCAGAAUUUGGUUGCAUCCUGUGAUUUACGUUUCCCUAUAAAAUUAGAAAAUUUAAAUCACAUGCAUGGGCAGUUUAGCAGUUAUGAACCUGAACUGUUUCCUGGCUUGAUAUACAGAAUGAUUAAACCAAGGAUAGUUCUGCUAAUCUUUGUAAAUGGAAAAAUAGUUUUCACCGGAGCUAAAUGCAGGGAAGAUAUUAAGGAGUCCUUGGAAAAUAUUUAUCCCAUCCUAAGGAGUUUUAGAAAAAACUAAUAAAUUUUUUCGUUAAUAUUGCAUAAUAUGAUUAUUUUUAUUAGUCAUUAUGUUAUUGGUAAUUUUUAUUGUUACUUACUUUUUAGUAUAAUGAUUAUCUUGUAAUACAAUUUUGUAUUUCACCUUUUUAUACUGAUCUUUGACCUGCAAUCAUGACUGCUAAGUUUAUUUAAAUCCCAUUUUAUAAUAUGUAAUAGUAAAUCAUUUUUGAACAAU